CGUUCACUCUCAGUUUUAGGGGGCGUGUGUUUAACUAGUAACGUACAGGAAGGGAUCACGUUAGUACAGCUAUCCGACGGACAACGAGAAAUAAUAUUUUUAACUUCAGACAAACUGGGUGUGAAAAUAAUAUAGUGAUCCAAAUCCACUUGAGAAGACAAAACAGUGGCUGCAUGAAUAAGCCAACUAAGUUAGUCCUACAGACAUUGUCCGACGGAGCAAAGCCCACAUCGGGACAUUAGGACAUUGUCAUCUGACAAAGGAUGACUGAAGCCCUCGUGAAAGACUGUAAGCAAACACAGAUCUAAUCGAAAUGUCCUCCACGCAUGCAUAGAAGGAUUAAAGCAGCUCAAGGACAUGUUUGAGAAUUUCAGAGAGAGACUGCAAACGGUGCAGCAGGACUUCACAUCAGGAAUCAAGACCCUAAGUGACAAAUCCAAGGAGUCGAAAGUGAAGAAGAAACAAAGAAGAGAUGAAUACUUUCCACAAUAUUCCGCUGGAGUCGAGUUGCUCAGUCGAUAUGAAGACACUUGGGUGGCUCUUCAUAAACGGGCUAAAGAGUGUGCUAAGGCCGGGGAAAAGGUGGACGGGGAAGUCGUGAUGCUGUCUGCACACUGGGAGAAGAGACGAGGAGCAGUGCUGGAACUGCAGGAACAGCUGCAACAGAUCCCUGCUUUCCUCUCGGACCUGGAGACUGUCACCUCACGUAUCGCUCAUCUUGAGGCUGACUUUGAGGAGAUGGAGAGUCGUCUGCUGUAUCUCGAGGAUUUGUCUGCUCAAUGUGAGCAUCAGCGCUUCAAGCACCUUCAGAUCCUGCAGCUGGAAAACUAUAAGAAGAAAAAAAGGAAAGAGCUUGAGUCUUUCAAAGUGGAGCUCGAUACGGAACAUGGCCAGAACGUGCUGGAGAUGGAGCAUGCGCAGCAUGUCAAGCUAAAGGAGCGGCAGAAGUACUUUGAAGAGGCAUUUCAGCAAGACAUGGAGCAGUACCUCUCCACAGGAUACCUCCAGAUCACCGACAGGAGAGAUCCAAUAGGCAGUAUGUCCUCAAUGGAGGUGAAUGUUGACCUCCUGGAACAAAUGGAUCUUACGGAUGUGUCCGAUCAUGAGGCUUUCGAUGUCUUCCUCAGCUCCGUAGGGGAAGAGAGCAGCACUCAGUCUCCUGACAUAGGUGGUCCGGCUCUGGAGCCUGGCUCGUCCCCCUCAGAGAUCAGCCUGAAGGUGCCUUCAAAGACAGAGCUACAGCACACCGUCUCUUCCGUCUCCUCCUCCUGCACCGACACCAUCAGCGGCGUGACCGAGGGUCCGGAUGAAGAGGAUGCCAGCGAGGAGAGCUGCAGCGGAGACUCUCCACUGGUCCAGUCAGAUGAGGAGGAGGUACAUGCUGACACAGCCCUCAUGGGCCUCCCAGAAAUGGAGCUGCUCAAAAGCUCAGACGACAGCGACACACAGGCCCCCUAGUGGCCACGGAUUGCAAACGCACUCGUUUAAGUUGGUUUCUGGAUGAAAACCUGAUGUUUUACAUCAAGGCCCAGACAGAAGGAGUGCUGAAAACCAGCCAGGUGUUUCUUCAUGGCUUAAUGCAACACUUUGAGAUGAAGAUUUUGGAGCCUUAUAGAACGCUGUUUGUGCUCAGCCUAGAAAGCUGAGCUCUUUCUGACUCUUAGCACUGUGAUUUUUGUUUUAUUCUUUCCCAAUACAAAAAAUCAACUCAAUGUAUGACACAAUUCUUCGUAUUACCUAUUGCAUCAGAAUUAUAUAAUAAUAAACAUUUUACAGUGUUCCCGCUAAUAUCCCUGAUGUAUGUUGCAUGAAUUUGUAAUGCGGAGCUCAUUUUUGCAUAUGACAUUAUUGAGCUGAAUAUAAAAUAAAUAUACCUUGAAAUAAGAGGGGCCUCAAAGACAGUCUCAAUGUGGAACUGAUAUUUCAUAUCAUAGUGAUCUAAGGCAAAUAUCUUCCACCGAGUCUUUGAUAUAAAACUAGCUGGGAACAUUGUUGUUCAGUUAAUGUUAAUAUAUACUAAAUAUUAAAAUCAACAGCCAGUAAUAUUAAUGUACCUGCGCUAACAUGAACUAACAAUGAACAGUUGUAUUAUUUUAGAUCU